AUUUAAGCCCUCCCCCCUCCCCUGGUUAAUUUCCCCUCUUCAAGCGCUACGGAUACGCACAAACAGAGCGAAAGCGAGAGACGAGAGUCACAGAGCGAGAGAGAGAGACGCAUGGGUGAGGAGGAGAAACCGAAGGGGGGAGAGAAGGAGAAGGAGAAGGAAAAGGAGAAGGAGAAUAAGGGCGAUGGGGGUGCGGAGAACAAGAAGAAGGAGAAGGAGAAGAAGGACGAAUCCCCGCCGAUCAUCGUCCUGAGGACGGAUCUGCACUGCGAGGGUUGCGCCAUGAAGGUCAAAAGGGCCAUCAGAUCCCUCCCAGGGGUGGAUGCGGUAUCCGCGGACGCGGGGAGCAACAGGGUGACGGUGACGGGCCCCGCGGAUCCGUGGGAGGUGAAGGAGAGGAUCGAGGCCAAAACCAAGAGGAAGGUGGAGUUCGUCUCCCCUGCAAACCCACCCAAAAAAGAUAAGGAUAACAAAGUCGGCGGCGACAAGAAACCCGGCGCCGACCCCCCCAAGCAGCCUCCGAAAGACGCCGCCGCUGCCGCCGCCGCCAAGGGCGACGACCAAAAGCCUAAAGAGCCUCCGGAGUCGACAGUGAUGCUCAAGAUCCGGCUCCACUGCGAGGGGUGCAUCGACCGAAUCAAGAGGCGGAUCUACAAAGUGAAAGGGGUGAAGGAGGUGACGGUGGACGCGGCGAAGGACCUGAUCACGGUCAAGGGCACCAUGGACGUGAACACCCUCCCCUCGUACCUCCAACAGAAGUUCCGGCGCAGCGUCGAGAUCGUCCCCGCCAAAAAGGACGCGGGCGGAGGCGAUAAGGGGGACAAGGACAAGGACAAGGAGAAGGAGAAGAAGGGGGAUGGGGGAGGAGGGGGCGAUAAGAAGAAGGAGGAGAAGAAGGACGAGAAGGGCGCCGGCGGCGGAGGCGGAGGCGGAGGGGAGAAGGGAGCGGCGGCUCCACCACCUGCGGCUCCGGCGUCGGCGGAGGUGAAUAGGUACGACUACUACGCGCCGUACGGGUACAGGGUGGAGAUGGGGCACGCGCCGCAGAUCUUCAGCGACGAGAACCCCAACGCGUGCGCCGUGAUGUGAUGCGAUAUAUAUAUAUAUAUAUAUAUAUAUAUAUGGUCCUGCCCCUCCCCCUGCAACUCGCGCCGUUCAAAGUGAGGCGUUACCGCCCUCCUCUCGCGCUGUUGGCGAUGUUAUUAGGAUUAUGUAUGUAUGGUAUGUAUGUAUGAUGCUAGUUUAAAUAUAUAUAUAUAUAUAAUAUAUCUAAUAAUAAUAAUAAUGAUAGUAGUAGUCGGAGUGGGUCGCGCUGAGAAGUGGACGGGGCUGUGUAAAUGAGUGUGGAUGGCUGUCGAGAAGGAUACGGAGUCGAUCGGGAAUAUAAGCUCGUAAUUUUUUGGUUUUUUUUUUCUUUAUAUAUAUAUAUAUAUAAAAUAUCGGGAGAUAAUUGUUAAAUUUACCGAGGGAUAUAAGUAAGUAAUAAUAAUAACAAUAAGGAUCUGUUUGUUUGGUCCAUUAAAAAAAUAAAAUGAGACAAUCUGUAUGUAAUAAAGUUGUGCAGAUGCUUUUU